AUGAUUAUAUUUCUAUUGAUUAUUGUAAUAACUAAUGCAACAGAGAGUAUUAACAAACAAGAAUACAGAAAUACAGAAAUAUUACACACACAAAUACAAUCAAAACAAUACAAAAGAAUGUUUAAUCUACAUAAAGUACAAUUAAAAGGAGAAAUUGAAGAGGCAAAAGAAACAACAACUGUAGAAAAAUCACCAAUAGUAACAACAGAAGAAUUAACAACAAGUAUAACUGAAAAUGGGAAAGAACAGAAGAGUAAUGAGGCAAUUAACAAUAAAGAAGAUAAAGGAGAAGGAAAUGUGAAAGAAAAAACAAAUGAAGGAGUUAGUCAGCCAAAAAGUGGAGGAGAUUGA